AUGUGGGGGUUCUCGCUCAACAUGACGCUCGCCAUCGCCAUCAUCGCGCUCCUGCCGCUUCUGCUCGGCGUCAGAGCAGACGAGGUUCAUCUGUCGAAUCGCGCUAUCGCGUAUCAAAUCUGGCCCGGAGGCGGCGGCGCGUUUAACCCGGGAGGUGACAGCGGAGGGGGAACCGGCAGCGGAGGGGGAACCAGCAGCGGAGGGGGAAGCGGAGGGGGAAGCGGCCGCGGAGCUAUCCCGGGUGGUGGUGGCACUGGGAGCGACGGUAACUUCUUCCCGUCCCCCCAGUCCCCUUCUGGUGGCGGUUCCCCUAGCAAUCCUCCCUCGCCCUCAUCUCCUCCCUCCUCCAGCAGCCCCCCGAAAUCCUCCUCUCCGCCCGUGCAAUCGUCUCCCCCGGCCGACCAGUCUCCGCCUACCUCGUCGUCGUCUUCCCCUCCCAUUAAUCGCUUCAAGACAGGUCCCCCGUUCGGACCGCCUAAGGCUCCAGAUUUCCAGGCGCCCCAGUCUCCGCCGUGGCAGUUCCCGCCUGUCGGAUCCCCGCCAAUCCCACAGUCCCCGCCCAAGCAGUCCCCGCAGUCUCCGCCCAAGCAGUCCCCGCCCCAGCAGUCCCCGCCCAUGCAGUUCCCGCCCCAGCAGUCCCCGCCCCAGCAGUCCCCGCCCCAGCAGUCCCCGCCCCAGCAGUCCCCGCCCAAACAGUCCCCUCCCAAACAGUCCCCGCCCAAGGAAUCCCCGCCCAGCUCUCCACCCUUUGUUCAAUCCCCUCCCAAGCAAUCCCCACCCGAAUGGUCGUCCCCUCCUUAUUCGCCUCCGUUUUCACCUUCACCAUCCUUGUCCCCGCCCCGAGCUUCCCCCCCCAAGAAGUAUACGAACUCGUCUCCUCCAGCUCACCCUCCACCCUCUCUCUUCCCCGCACCAUUCCCGCCGUCCUCGAAUGCUCCUCCUCCCACCUUCGCUGAGCCCCCUUCAGCUCUCCCUCCUGACGCACCCCCUCCGGAAUUUCCGCCUCCUUUACUUAGCCCUCCGCCGCCAAAGCCCCGAUUGAGCCCCCCCCCGCCCCCACCGAGCCCGUCUCCGCCUCCGCCAGUCCCCCCCCCUGCACCUGCUCCUGUUCCCGCGCCCGCGCCCGCGCCAUCGGCACUCGUCGAUGCCCCCGCUCCAGAGCCCGCCGCUCCGCCUCCGCUUUUCUUUCCACCGCCUGUGCCCCUUAGCCCGCCCCCCCAUCCCCCGCCAACCCCUCCUCCUAUGCCGCCAAAGGCCCCCACUCUGCCACUCUCUCCUGGCUCCCUCUUCCCCAAUUCGUCUGUCGCGCCGCCUGUGUACUUCCCCCCUUCUCCGAAGCCCCCCCCGCCCCCCCCGGCGCAGCCCCCGUCCCCCCCACCUUUUGGCCCAUCUCCCCCGCCCCCUCCUGCGCCUCCCCCACCGCCGCCUAUCAUCAUUCUGCCCUCUGAUGAUGGAUCAACAACGGGGACCAGCAGCGGAGGUAUGAGCACUGCUGCUCUGGCAGGGACGAUUAUUGGAGUGGUGCUGGGUGUGCCGCUGCUGGCUGGAGGAGUGUGGAUGGGACGGACUCCACGCGGCACCCCUCGUGCCGCCUCCGCCGCUGCUCGCGCGGAAGAAGCUGAGGGGGGCGGGCGGAAAUGGCGAAGCGGAGGCGGAGAGGGAGCGGGGGAGGGGGUGGAUCGCACGCUGGCGGCGGUGCGGGCGGCGGUGAGGUGGCAGCAGUGGUGGAGGGCGAAGGGGAUGAUGGCGGUGUGCUGCUGGGGCGAGACGAGAGGCGCAGGUGGCGCGCAGUGGGACCCGCGCGUGUGGGUCUUCUGCUCCAACCCCACCUUCUCCUCAGGCCCCCGCCCCUCCUCGCGCCACCAGCACCAGCACCAGCACCAGCACCACCACCGGACACGUGGGCGGUCAGGCCGCCGGGUGGGAGGAAAGGCCGGGGCAGCGGCAGCAGUGCGGAAGGCAGGAAGAGGAGGCGGCGGGAAGGUGUUUAAGAAGAGGCGGAGUGAGGCAGCGGCAAGCGAGGACGGAUGGGAUGGUGACGGCCUUGCCAUGAAACCCACUUUGGCAGCAUGGGGCUACUGGGCGGCGGAUGGCGCGUGUGUGUCGUUCCGCUUGCACAAGCUGCCCACUCGCCUCAGGCGCGCGCACAGGGUGGCUGCAGUGAGGCGCAAGGGCAAGGCACGCGGGGGGAUUGCUGGAAGGCGCAUGAAGGCGGGCACUGCGCCUGGGACGGGGGUGAAGGGCGGAGGGCGCGGCAGUGGGUUGCGGAAGAGAGGGCGGGGUGGUGGAGGACGUGGGGGUGGCGGGGAGAGGACGGCUAAACGCGCGCGCAUGCAGGCGGAAGGGGGUUCGGAGGGACUUGCAGGGACUCCCAGAGGGAAGGCAGGGCGGGAGGAAAAAGGGGUGGCUAGCAGGCGAGGUGGGACAAGAGGCGUGCGCGGGAAGGGCAGAGGGGGAGGCAGACAGGCGGGAAAGCCGGGGGAGCGAAGGCGGGCAGCAGGGGGGAAGCGGACGGGGAGGAGGAGGGUGGGUGUGGGCGGAGUGAAGCGGGCGCAGAGGAGGAAGAGAGUGGUGGUGAUGGGUGGGGUAGGGCAUGAGGAGGUGCUGUACUGGCUGUGCGAGGCGCUGAGGCAGAGAGUGGCGCGUCCAGAUAUGUCCUCACUCAUCUUUCUCUCCCCGCCUUCGUAUGUUCCCCUUUUUCUCCACCUUCCCUCGAUUCACUUUCUUCUUUUGCGUGUGUCGCAACUCCCAUCCCAUUGGUGUGCUAUCUGUGUCGUCCUCUCUCCCCCCCCAAACCCUCGUCUGUCCCGUGUGCCAUGGGUCGCCAGGGCGUUCGAGGCAGCAGGCUAUGUGGAGUUCGAUGGGGUCUUUGUCAAGCCCACCACCACACGCAGCCAAGCCAGCCAUGCAGCGGCCAUUGCAUGUGAAGUGCGUGUGCGCCCCUCCGCUUUUGGUCUCCUGCUCCACACACACGUCUCCACCAGGUCGUUGCGUGCAUUGACUCCUGCUGACUUCUCACAGCAACGACCCCAUGGCUCCGCGUUACCAGUGCUGCUGGCGCCAGCAGCGUGGCCUGCCCUGGUCCAUCGCCCCACGCCCGCUCGCCUCAUCCGCUUCCUGCGCCGCUGGCGCGUGGAGCAGCACUUGAGGCGCACACAGGGAAGAGAGGCGCGAAGGGGGGUGAGGGCAGGGGCAGUGCGGUCGAAGCAGGGGAGAACGGCGGGACGGGGGGUAAGGAGGGGGACAGGGAAGGCGAAGCAGAGGAGGAGUGCUGUGGGCGGGAGGAAGAAAGUAGGCGUGAGGAAGAAGAAGGAGGAGGGGGGCCGGGCAAGAAAUAAAGUGGUGGUUGCGAGGAAGGGGAGGAAGAAAGGUGCGGAAGGACUGAAGAAGAAGGUGACUUUUGUUGGUGUGCCCAGUCGGAAGGUGGCGCCAUGGAAGAAGGGCACACGACGAGUGAAGCCAGUGCACACGAUUGGCAAGUGGCAUAAGCUGCUCGCAAGGCAUCCACCCGCCGCCCGCCUCCCUCCAGCCAUCUCUGCCGCCCUGCAGCCGCCCCUGCCGCCCGCUGCCGGGCUGCCCACAUUCGUGGAGGUGGAGCUGUUGGUGCCGGUGGUGGGCAGGCAGGGCCGCAUGAAACGGCCGGGGAGGGGUGCAAGGGGUGUGGGCCGGGCGAGGGGUUUAUAUGAGAGAGGAACAGGCAGGGGGGCGGAUGGUGGGAGAAAUAUGGUAGGUGGCGAGGGGGAUGGAGGUGGGAUGGGCGAGGGAGGGCGGAAAAAGGGAGAAGGGGAAGGGGAGGAAACCUUGAGGGGUGGUGGGGCAGCGGGGAGUGGUGGCAGCGGGCAGGCAGGGCAAGCAAGAGGUGGGGAGAGGGAACAUCCGGAUGAUGUGUCUGGAUCAGGGCACGAGAAGAAGGGCAAGGGACGAGGAGGCCAGGCGGGCACAGAGGGAGGGAGUGGCGCAGUGCAUGUGCGCGGGGGGCAGGAGGGAGUGUUGCGCGUGCGGUUGCUGGUGGACUCGCGCCUCGCCAUGCUGCCCCUCUUCCACCCGCCUCCUCUGCACCUCCUUUCCUCUCGCGUGCCUUUCCUCCCCUCCCCGCUCCCUCCCCUCUACAGCAUCCGUCAACUGCUCCCCGCGCACCAGCCAUCGCUGCUGCCCUCGGCACCCAACCCACAUCUCCCCUCUCGCCAACCACGCCCCUCCACUCUCCCUACCCACACUCCCGCCACUGCUGCGCCUCUUACCGCUGCACCCUCUCUCCACCCGGCCCCUCCCUCCCACCAUCCUGCCGCUUCCAUCCCCUCCGCCUCUUUUCCGCCAUCGCCACCGCUCUCCUCGCUCCCGCCCUCAUUCCCCCUCGCACUGCCUCAUCGCCUCGAGCUCGCAGCACCUCUCUCCUUCCUCCGAAUGCUGCCCAGGCCACCUCAACCCAAGCCAUCCCCCCGUCCCCUCGCUCCGCCACCACCCACCCCUCACCACUCCCCUUCCCCUCCUCCCUCGCCUCACCCCACCACUCCUGCCUCCCCUCCCCCUGCGCCCGCGCCUCCCCCUGUCCCCUCCGCUGCUGCUGAAGCUGCCACUGCCGCUAAGGAAGGGCAGGAGGGGGGUGAGCAAGGCAGGGAGGCGGAAGGGGGGCGGAGUGGCAAGUCAAUGGGCACGUGGCAGGUGGUGGCGGUGGGGCGGGGGGAAGCGGAGGGAGGUGGUGAUGGCAGGGAUGGGGAGAGUGGGUCUCAGGCACUGGCGAACAGGGACGAGGAUGGGCAGCAGCGCAGCAAGAGGGCGCGCACGACUCCCCCCACUAUAGGCCUGGACGCCAUGCGCGAGCCAGACCUCUUCUGGUCGCACCCGCUCAACGCCUGGUUCCUAGGCCCGGGAGAGGCCGGGGCCGAGCCUGGGGCCGAGGCUGGGGGCGGGGGCGGGGGCGAGGGGGCGUUGGAGGUGGUGCUGGGCGUGCAGCAGCUGGUGGCGGUGUUGGAUGAGGUGGAUGGGCAGGUGGUGGCGGGCAUGCGCGCCCAGGGGGGCGUGGGGGCGCUGCUGGCGGAGGAAGAUGGCGAUGAGCAGUGGCUGGGCGAGGUGAGUGCUGCAGGGAGGGCGAGAGCCAUUCGUCUGGAGCAGCGUGUGCAGAACGAAGCAGAGGUGCUGCUGCCGCCUGCGUACACUGCUGCGGCCAGCGCUGGGACAGCACACGCACGCACUGCAGGAGUAGCCGCACCGGCACAGGGGAUUAGUGAACAGGCGAUGGCAGGGGCAGGGGCUGUGGCAGGUGUUGGGGCAGGGGCUGUGGCAGGGGCAGGGCAUGUGAACAGUGGAGCAGAUGGAAGUGUGGGCGUGGAGGUGUUGAGGGAGGGGCAGGAAGCGAGGGAAGGGAAUGAAGCAAGGGGGCCUGGAGGCGCAGCAAGAGACGGAGCCCCGCCGAGGCUGUACCGUAGCAGCGUUCCUGCCUUUGCCCGCCGGGUGCUGCUGUGCCCGCCAGACCCACUUGCUGCUCCUGCCCCUGUGCCCGACCACUCCCACCUUCCGUCUGCCUCAACUGCUGCCGUGCACCCUGUGGGUUCAUGUUCAUCCCAGCAUGCCGGCUCCACGCCUGCUACCACUACCAGCAGCAGCGCCACUAGCAGCCGGCAGCGGUACGUGUAUUCAGAGCUCCCACCGCCCGCCACGCCUCUUACCGCAUCUCUCCCCCCAUUGCCACCGCACGCAGCUUCUGCCACCGCCGCCCCCUCCUGCCCCGCCACUCCCCCUCUCUCUGAUCAACCCUUGUACCGGGCGUCGUUGUUCCCGCCCCUUUCCGGGGCACCCCUGCACGCCCCUGCUGCUGCCGCUCCUCCUCCUGGCGGCAUGAUACACAGGCCUGGGGGGCCCGCGCCCCCUGCUGCUGCUGCUGCAAUGCGUGAUGUGGGGGGUAGUGGCAGUGGCAGUGGGUUUGCUGCCACUGGUGCUGGCACCGCUGCUGCUGCUGCUGCUGGGGCAGGUGGGGUUGGUGCGGCAGGGGGGCAAGGGCUGGGGGCGAGCGAUGGUGCGAGGGAGAGCAAAGGGUUGCCGCCCUGCACGCCUUAUGAGCUGGUGCCUGCUGUGGUGUUGACUGGGCCGGGAGGUGGGGUUGACACGGAUGUUGAUGGUAUGAAAGUGGAAGGGGUGGUGGUGAGCGGGGAGCGGAUGGGCGUCACUGGGGAAAGGCUUGUUAUGAAAGCGGAGGAAGGGAAGGGGAGGGAUGCGAGGGAGGGUUUGAAAGGAAGACUGAAGAAGGGCGAGCAGAGGCCAGCUGAGGCGGGGAGGAAGCGUAAAUUCGUGAGGUUUGUGGGAGUUGACGGGGAUGAGGAGGCGGAUGCUGAUAAAGAUGGUGGGACGGCGAAGCGGCAAAUGAGGCGCACUCAAGGAGGCAGUUUGAGCAUGGUGAAGAGAGAAGUGGAUGGCCCGGUGGUAGGGACGCAGACGGUGACGAAAGGGCGGCUGUCACAGGUGCAAGGGAAGUCGACGGGGAAGAAGGGUGGGAAGGUGGGCAAGACAGGGAAGGCGGCACGUGCUGUGCGAGAGGGGAAGGUGGGUGGUGUUGGGGAUGGAGUGACGGGAGGACGAGGUGUUGCGAGCUCGGUCAAGGUGGGUAGCGCGGAUGAUAGGAAGGUGACUGGAGUCAAGGUUGGGGAGAGUAGGAAGGUGAAGGUGAAGGGGAAAGGGGAGGUGAAGGGGAAGAGGAAGGGGGAGGGGAGAGGGGAGGUGAAGGGGGAGAAGAAGGGGAAGGUGAACGGGCAGGGGAAGGGGAAGGUGAAGGGAAAAGGGAAGGGGGAGGUAAAGGUGAAGGGGAAGAGGAAGGGGGAGGUGAAGAGGAAGGGGGAGGUGAAGAGGAAGGGGGAGGUGAAGAGGAAUGGGGAGGUGAAGGGGAAGGAGAAGGUGAAGGGGAAGGAUAAGGGGGAGGUGAAGGGGGAGGGGAAGGUGAAGGGGGAGAUGAAGGGGAAGGGGAAGGUGAAGGGGAAGGAUAAGGGGAAGGGGGAGGUGAAGGGGAAGGGUAAAAAGGUGGUGAAGGGGAAGGGGAAAGGGGUGGUGAAGGGGAAGGGGAAAGUGAAGAAAAAGGUCAAGGGGGAGAUUAAGGGGAAGCGGAAGGUGAAGGGGAAGGGGAAGGUUAAGGGACCAAAGACGAAGGUGCGUGGUGUUGGGGAUACAUGCAAGCGCGUUGUGAAGAAGAAGAGGAUGAAAAGCGUCAAGGGGCGGCACAAUGGCGAGCUUGUAAGACGCCAGGCGGUGAAGGGCGGUGGAGUGCGGUUGAAGAGGAAACUGGCACACAAAGGGAGAGGAAAGCAGCAGAGGGGAGGUCGAAUGGUGCGGCGAUGGCUGCUGGGGGCGGAAGUGAGUGUGGGGCGGUGUGGGGGGGACAGCAGGGAGGAGUGGGAAGCGAUGCCUGUACUGGGGCUGCGGGAAGAGAUGAGCGUGAUCAAGCUCUUGCUCUCUCAUCCGCUCGCCCAGACUAAAGGCAACGACGAUGUGUGUGCGUGCAGUAGGGUUGGUGGGACGACUGGCAGCAUGGCACACUCGCUGGGGCCCAGUGUGCAGGUGGCGAAUGCACAAGGUGCUGCUGCUUCUUCUGCAGUGGAAGGAGCAGCAGCUGCCGCUACUCAUGCUGCUCCUGUUGUUGUUCCCGGUGGUGUUGGUGGUGCUGCUGCACCUGCUCCUGCUUCUGCUGCUGCUGCUUCUGCUGCUGCUGCUGCUGCUGCUGCUGAUGCGGUGCCAGCACCAGAGCAGCCGUCCCAUCCAGCCCCUGCUUAUGAUUCCACAGCAGCAGAAGCACAGCAACCACCGAACACCACACACAACCCCUCCACCACCCCAGCAUCCCUGCACCCACCAUCUGAACCCCCAUCAGCAGCAGCAGCAGCAGCAGCAGCAGCAGUGGUGCCGUGUGCCGUGGUGCGGCAGGCAGAGGCUCUCAGGGACCCCUCUCUGGACACGGCUCUACUUGCAGCAGCACACGGCAGGUGUCCCUGGUGUGCGCGCUGCUUGCCCUCUCCCCUCACCGCCUUUUCUGCGUCAACCCAGCAGCAGCGCCAGGGCUUGUGGUCCGGCACACAUGGGGAAUCGCCGCUGCUCGCCCUCUGUGGGGAUGCUGCUGUGGUUGCUGCUGGUGCUGGUGGCAGUGGUGCUGGUAGCAAUGGAAGCAGCAGCAGCAGCAGCAGCAGCAGCAGCAGCAGCAGCAGCAGCAGCAGCAGCAGCAGUGCGGGGCAGCGUAUCCUUGCCAGCCUGCAGGGACCUCUGCCAUCACCGCUGACCGCUGCGCUGCUGGCGGGGGAAGUGAAGUCGCUCCUCCUCGCUGCCUUUGGCUCUCGUCGCCUCACCGGCCCACUCUCCCUCCCCGCCCUCGCUGCUCCCACCCGCCCCACGCCCCCCGUCCCCACCCCCACAUCUUCCCCCGCCGCCUCCCCCUCUCCUACCCCCACUCCCCCCGCUCCCCCCGCACCCUCCACCGCCAUGAAGCCACCUUCCCCUAGAUGUCAACCCCAAUCCACGCCUGCUAGCGCUGGUGCUGCAGCAAAGGUGGCGGAGGAGGUGCAGGGAGAAAAGGUUGUGGGGGGUGGAGGAAUGGAAAAAGCGGCAGUGGCAGAGAGUCCUAUGGGAAAGGCAGGGGGUGGCGCAAGUGAUGUGGGGAAGGGUGGGGUGGAUGGGGGGGGGGAUGUUGGGCAGCAGGGAAGGGGUGGGGUUGGGGAUGCGAGAGUGAGAGAGGAGGUGGAAGAGGGAGAGGCUGUGGAGAUGGAGGAAGGGGAGGCGAGGGAGGAGGGGGCCUUGGAGGAGGGUGAAGCAGUGGAGGUUGAGAGGAGGCGGAUGGGAGAAGAGGGGGGGAGCAGGGGCGCACGGGGAGUGAGGUGGGAGGGGGUGAAGGGCGGGGGUGGUGAGGAGGGGAGGGUCGGGAGCAAGGGGGUGAAGGAGGAGGGUGAGGCAGGGGUGGUGGGUACAACGACCGGUGCGAGUGGAGGGGUGGCGGAGGGUAAGGGCGUGGGUGCACAUGGGGAGGAGGAGGAGCGGGAAAGGGAGAAGAGGAGUGGCACAGGCGGAGGGGUGGAGGCAGAGGGCGGUAAGGAGGUGGACGGGAGGAAGAAGACGCAAGGGAGUAAGGACGCGGAAGAGAGUAAGGAGGUGGAGGGUGAGGAGGAGGAGGCACGGAGCAGAGUGCGGAGUGUGGUGGCGCUGUGUCCGCCAGCAGUGCUGGUGGGGUAUCAGGACGACUGGCUGGCCACGUCGCCCUCGCUGCUCCGCCUCUGGGACAAGGCGCCCUUUGAACCCUACUGCCUGCCUAAACCCCAGCUUCGUCCCUUUUCCACGUUUAUCGCCAUCCCUCCCUCCCUGCAAGUCCCACCCCACCCCUUCAACUCCCCAUCCCUUCAACUCCACUCCCCACCACACCCCGUCAACCCCCCCUUGUCACCCCCACAACGCAUUGUGCCGUGGCAGCUAUCGGUGCUGGCCAUCUGCCCCGCGCUGCCUGCCCUCGCUCGCCCCCUCCGCUCCUUCCUCUCCGACCUUGCUUCAGUGUACGAGGCAUGUUCCCUGGGCACCUUCUCCCCGCUGCUGCCGCUCUCCCCUGCCCCCGACCACCACCACCCCCCGGGCAUGCUACCAGUGCCGCUGCCCCCUGCCCACCUGCCCCCGGCCCGCGCCGUGGGUGCUUUCAGUGACGCCUUGGCAGCUGCUCUCGCCAAGCUGCCUCGGACUGCCCUCUUCCCCCCCACCAACUCCACCGACCCUGACCUCUGCCCCUCCACGGUGCACCCCCUGCCCUGCCUUUCACCCCAUUCUCACUCGCUCACUCAAUCACUCACCGCCCUUCUGUUCAGAUUGCUCGUUUCCCUCCCUUCCUCGCUCCCUCGUUUCCUCCGUCCACCCCUCUACUCUUGCUUGUCCGCGGCUGUCCCUCUCUGCCUCGCUGUCCCUCUCUGCCUCGCUGUUCCUCUCCUGCUCCUGCUGGUGUGCCCCUGGGCGUCCCCUGGGGCGUCCCUCUCCCUCUUCCUCCGCACUGCUGCCCACACCCACGCCCUCACGCUCGCUGCUGCCAAAGGUACCACCAUUGCGUCAUCACCCACAGCCGCCCAUCCCACUGCUCCGCCCAGUCUCACGCUCUUCCCGCGGCCGCUCACCGUGCAUCUGCUGCCCAUGUCCCACGUGCUCGCCCUGUCGCACUCUGCACGCGCCAGCUCCCUCCGCCAGCUCGCCCUCUCGCUCUUCUCCAAAGUCAGACGCUCCCUCCUCCCGCUGCCACACUGCCCUGCUCACACUGACGGGGGAAAUGCAGCAGCAGCAGCAGCAGGAGCAGGAGGAGGGGGAGGAGGCGGAGAAGCAGGAGCAAGAGCAGGGGCAGGGGCAAGAGCAGGAGAGGGCGUGGGAGGGAUGGGGGGAAACGAAAAGGUGGUGGAGGGGAGAGGGGGGGGAGAGGGCAGCAGUCACGGCGGGACGAGUUCUGGGGUCCCAGCAGGCAGCGGGGCUAGCGGGGGGGACGUGGGUGGGGGUGUGGUGAGGAGCAGUGGUAGUGGUGGUAGCAGUGGCGGUGGUGAUGGGGGCGGGGAUAGGGAUGUGCUAAGUGAGUUGGCGAGGAGGGGAGGGGGCGCAGGGGCUAUUGGAGUGAGGGGAGGGAUCAUGGAUCGCCUCAGCAGACAGCCCAUGCAGUCGCCCGCUGCUGCAGCAGCACCAGCAGGAUCGAGCAUCCCAGCAGCAGCAGGCGCUGCAGCAGAGGCAGCACCUGCACACGCAGCAGCAGCAAAAUCAGCAGCAGGAGGAGCAGCAGGGGGUUCUAGUAGUGGUGGUGCUGCACCAGAGGCAGACUGCAAGAGUGCGCCUGGUUCUCAUCCCAUGCCCGCACCCGCCCCCUCCUCCGCCCCUCCGUCCCUGGCACCCACCACCCCCUCGCUGCUCCACGAGCCGCCCUUCAUCCUCGCCUCCCCUGGUUCUGCCUCUUCCUCUCUCUCCCUGCCCUUCCAUUCCCGCACCCGUAGUGCUGACGGUGGGGAGCAGAGAGCAGCGAGCAGCGUGCAAGGGCAGGCGGUGGGGAGUUCAGUAGCUCCCAAGGUGGAGCAGCAGGGGAGGAGUGAGGGCAAGGCGGGAUGGCCCAGGGAGAGAGUGAGCGGUCACCCUCCCGUCUCCCCGUCUCUCAUUCCUGCUGCUUCUGCUUCUGCUUCUUCUGUGCCCGGGACCACAGCAGUAGGAGGCACGGCGUCGCAGCAAAGUGCAGCAGCAGCGCAAGGUGCAUGGGCAGGAGGGCGUGCAGGGGUGACGGGGGCAGCACCGGCGCCCACCAGUGGAGCAGGAGUGGGGACAGGAGGGGCAGCUCCGGGGCACAAGGGACCCCUGGCGCUGCACUGCGUGUACAUGUGGGGGGAUGACUCUGCACCUGACACUCCUUCCGCUCCUGGUGCUUCUGGCACUGCCAGCACUUGUGGCGCGGAUCACCCCUUGGGCCUCCCAAGCGCGACAGUGAAGAGAGUAAAGGGGCGUGGAGCGGGCAGCAGGGCAGGGGGGGUUGCAAGGGUGCCGUGGGUGGUGGCGGUGUGGACGGACUCCCGGGGCGAAUUGCUUGAGACCCGCGUGGUGCACGGCCGGGCACAUGCUGGGGCGGACGUGGAGGCUGGAGAGGGCGCGGAGGGUGGGGGGAGUGAGAAGGGAGGGGAGUCUGGGGAGGGGAUGAGUGGUGGCAGGGGAGGUGUGGGUGAUGGAAGGGGAGAGGGGGAGGGUGGGGAUGGAGGGAGGGAUGUGCGGGGUGCGGCGGAGGGCGGGGUUGGAGGUGGUGGAGAGGGAGGGAGAGGGGGUGAUGGAGUGGGUGGGCGUGGGGAGGGAGGUGACGAGGAGAUGAGGAGAGAUGGGUGUGGCGUGGAGGGGGAGAGACAGGAUGGGAUGGAAGUGGAUGGUGGGGCGGGCAUGGGGGAAAGUGGUGGUGGUGGGGUGACAGGAGUAGCGGAAGGCACGAGGGCGUGGGUGGGGCGAAUGCAGAGCGUGUUGGAGCAGGUGCUGCAGGUGGGCGUGCAAGUGGUGGCGCUGCUGCAGCACAAGGCACGCGUGCAGGCCGGCACGGAUGCGGACAAGGGGCACGGGGAGGGGGGGAAGGGGAGGGAGGGCGGUGGGGAGGGAGGGGAGGAGGAUUGGUGGAUGGCCCAGCGGCCGAUGUAUGUGGUGAAGGCGGGCCAGGGAAUGACACCCGCGGAGCUGCAAGCAUGGGAGCAAGCCAUUUCGUCGCUCUCCUCCUCCUCCUUCCGGCCAGUUUUCUCCGCCUCUACCCGCGGCUCCACCCACCCACCACCACGCCACCCAACGUCCAGCAGCCGCACAACCCAUGCAGCAGCCGGCAAGGCAACACAGGCACAGGCAGGCAGAAACACCGCACAAGGACGACCCACGGCAAGUGCUGGAAGGGCCGAGGGGAGGAAGGAGGGCUCUCUGCUUGCACAACCAGCCCCAGCCCAGCCCAUGCCUGUGCGCCCACCCUCACAGCCCGCCUCUGCGUCCCUCCCCGCCCAUGCGCCGGGGCACGAGGGAGAGCAGGUGCAGGGCCGGGCGUCUCAAGAAGCUGGGAGCAGCACUCCUGCUGUCGCCCCCGCUCCAGCUGCCUCUGACCCCCUCUCCCACGCCGCUGCCGUUGCAGCGGAUCCCCCGCCUCACCUGUCCAGCCAGGGAGCAGGCGAGCAGGAGAAGGGACUGGAGAGCCAUGGGGUGGCUGUGGGGGGUGAGGGGGCGGGUGUAGCAGAGGGGGCGCGGGAAGGGAGUGCGCGGGUGGAGGGGCACCCUGGGGUUGGGACGGUGGGAGAGAGAGUGCCGGUUGUGUGGCAGGGCAUUGCAAGCGUGACCGUUGCAUGGCUGCAUGUGGUGCCACAGCUGCAACUCAUGUCAAUACCACUGCCGCCCCCAUCCCCCACUCCCUCUCCUGCCCCUGCACCUGCUCCCUCUGUCCUUACCCCUUCCCUCCCUUCGCCCGCUCUCGGCCCCGCUGCCUCCCCUAUUCUCUCCCCCAUGCAACCACACCCAUCCCGCUCCACUCCAUUCCCAUCCCCACUAGCCACGCGCCACACUGCCACCACCCCCACCACACUCCCCCUUCCAGAGCCCUUCUCCCCUCCCCUUGCACCCCUGCCCCCAUCCUCCCGAACCACUUCCUCCCCCAUCCCCCUCCAUCCCCCUCCUCUCCCCCACUCGCCCUUCGCCCACGCGCCCUUCCCCCUCCGCAUCCCCCAUGAGCGCACACACCCCCUGCACCCGCCACUGCCCUCCUCACCCCUGCAUGGGCCAGUCGCAAUCCCCCCCCGGGGUCCCUUGCACCCUCCCCAGCAGCACGGGGCAGGAUCUACUCUGCUGCUCGUGCCCCAUGCUCCAUGGAUCGACCUCUCCACCCCUGCACACUCCCCCUGCAACCCACCGUACUUCCCUCCCACUCCUCUGCACCGCUUGCGACCCCCCAAGCGUGUGCGCCCUGCUCUGGGAGGGCUCCAGAAACCCAAGCGGAAGAAGCAGUGCGUGCCGUUGCUGCUACCCCCCCCACCUCCUCCCCCUUCCCCCCGCGCCCCACUCCCCCUACCCCUGCGCCCGCUUGUGGCGGCUCAAGUAACACGAGCGCUGCUGCUGCGACUGAGGCGGCAGCAGGAAGUGGGGAUGAGGAAGGGGAAGCGGGGUAAGUUGAUAGAAGGGGUUAAGGGAAGGACGAAAGGUGGAGUGGCAGCAGUGGGUGUGAGAGGGAGGAAAGGCAGCAGGGGUGAAGGAAGCAAGGGUGAAAGGAUUAAGGGCAAGACAAGCAAGGGGAAAGCAGGUGUAGAGAUUAAGACCAAAUUAGGCAAGAGGAAAAGGGCUGUUGGGAGCAAUGGAGAAAGGAGUAAGGGAGAAAAAGGCACGGGGAAAGCAGGUGAAGGGAUCAAGGCCAAGUUAAGCAAGAGGAAACGGGUUAUAGGGAGCAAGGUUGAAGGGAGCAACGAUAAAGGGAACAAGGGUAAAGCGGUUAAGGACAACAUGGGCAAGGGAAAAGGGGGUGAAGGGAGUAAGGGCAACGCAAGUAAGGGUAAACGGAGCACGAUCAAAGGUGAUGGAGUCAAGGCGAGAGGAGAGAAGGAGGUGAAGCAGGAGAAGGGGAAGGGGAAGACGAAGGAGGGUAAGAAGGAAGAGGGGAAGGAGAAGAAGGGGAAGGAGAAGAAGGGGAAGGAGAAGAAGGGGAAGGAGAAGAAAGGGAAGGAGAACAGGGGGACGAAGGAGGGGAAGGAGAAGAAGUCAGAGGGGACGUUGAAGAAAGUGAGUGUGGAUGGAGUGAAAGUGAAGGGAGUCAAGGGCGUAAAAAGGCAGGGGAAGGAUAAGGAGGUGGGUACAGGGAAGGUGAAGGGUGGGACGAUGAUGGUGAAGAAGAGUGUGACAAUCGGGAAGAAAACAGGUGGUUCCAGUAAGACAAAGACAGGUGCUGCUAGUGCAAAGAAAACAGGUAAGGAGACAGGUAAAAAGACAGGUAUUGAUAGUGGGACGAAGACAGGUAGGGAGACAGGUAUUGCCAGAGGAGAGAAAACUGGUAAGAAGAUGGGUAUUGAUAGUGGGAAGAAGAAGAAAAUAGGUAAGAAGACAGGUAUUGAUACUGGGAAGAAGAAGAAAUUAGGAAAGACAGGUCUUAGUACUGGGAAGAAGAAUCAAAUAAGUAAGAAGACAGGUGUUGAUAGUGGGAAGAAGAAGACAAGCCGUGCUGGUAAGAAGGUGGGCCGCAAAAGCAGCAAGGAGGGAAAACUGGUGAAGUCAUUGCGGCCAAAGAUAACACUGGGCAAGGCUCGGAAGGCAGCGAGGCUGGGUGUCACAGCAUCACAAGUGCAGAAGGCGGCAGGCAGGCAGGCAGGCAGGGCGAGAAGCCAUGGCAAGAAGGGGCGGAAAGAGGCAAGGAAGGAGUGGAGGCGAGUGUGGCGGGAGAAGAUGCGCGAGGUGGGGCGUGUGGUGCGAGAGCUGACUGGUAAGGAGGACGAUGGGCGCGAGGGCGUGCGUGGUGUGGCCACAGCAGUGAUUCUCAGCACGGCGACACACCGAGGGUGUGCGGGAGGGGAGGGGGGGACGGCAGCAGGGGCAAGCGGUGCAGCAGCGGCAUGGCUGGGGCUGGAGGGGCUAUCGGUGGGAGCAGCACAGGAGGCGUUUCGGCUAGGCUUGCCCUGGCAGGGUGCGUACCAGCCUGCUGUGACUAACAGUGGAUUCGUCUCCCGCUCUUCUUUCUCUGGUGGCAGUGGUGGUGGCAGUGGCGGUGGGGGCUUGGGUGCGCGGCUGGGGUCACAUGGAGCAGCACAUGCAGGUAUCGCAGCUGCUAGCAGUGCUGCUGCUGCUUCCUAUCCCCUUCUCGCCCCUGCAGCAUCAGCAGCCACAGUGGGAGGUGGCGGUGUAAUGGCAGGAGGGAUUGGGUGUGGUGCUGGGGGAGGGGUGGUGGCUGUGACUGUUGCGGCUCACUUCACUGCAGGGCCUGCUGCUGCUGACGCACGGCAGAAGGUCGGGGAAGCGGAAGGCAAGCAGGAGGGGAGGAACGCCUCGAUUCAGGACAGGAGAGGCAAUCGUGUGGUGGGGAGAGGUGCUGAUGAGCGACAGAGGGCGGGUGGUGGAGUGACAGACAGUGUGAGGAAAGAGGGUGACGGGCGGGAAGAUGUGGGAGUGGGAGUGAAGCGAGGGAGGGAAGAGGAGGGCAGUGGGGCAGGAGGGGUGGAGCAGGGGGGAGAGGAGGGGAUUGCUGGGGGUAUCAGAAAGCGGCAGCGCGUGGAGGCACCAGGUGUAGGGGCAGGGGCCAGUGGUGGGGGAGGUGGGGCGAAGGAGAUCAAGGUUGGGGUGAAGGAGGGCAAGGGUGGGGAGGGCAAGAGUGGGGAGGGUAGUGUAGAUGCCAGUAGGGGGGAGGGUGUGGAGUGCAAGGCUGUGGAGAUGGGUUCGAAGGUGCCAGGCAGUGGUGAUGGCAGGGCGAGUGCAGAGCACAGAGAGGCAGCUCCAGGGACGUCUCAAAAGGCGAGUGGUGCACCGAGAGAGGCCCAGACCGGGUAUGGCGGGGAGACAAGAGGGCCGGCACAGGACAAGAAUGGCAGGGGCGUGGGCAGCGAGGGAGGACGGGAGGGAGAGGAACAGGGGAAACAGAAGAGCGUCACAGGCGGCAAAGGGGGUGAGAAAAAGGAAGGCGAAGUGGGUGAGAGUGAGUGGUGGGAGGCGGCAGCAGAUGCGGAGGCAAGGCGGGUGGCGCAGCAGCUGGGAGCAGAGCUGCAUGCGCUCUCCUGGCUGUCUGUGUCCCCUGCCAGCCCCUCCCCGCUCUCCCACCUCCCCUUCCACUUCCUUGUGGCCGCCCGCCUGCUGCUGCUGCUGCAGCACGUGCCGUGCGCUGCACCUGCGUAUGUACCAAGCGGGGCGGUGUGUGGUGCUGGUGAGGAGGAGGCGGGUGUGGGUGUGGGAGGGGGGGGAGAGGGUGGUGGUGCAGCGCGUGGAGGGGAGCAGGCAGAGGAGGCAGCAAACGUGCGAGCGCACAGUCAAGGCGCAUGCUUCUGA